AUGGCUCAGCGGAUGGUUAAAAAUCUGGCCGGUGUGGUUCAUGGAGUUGAAGAUUUCCGUGUGGAAGAAAUCCCAAUACCCCGGCCACGUAAUCAUGAGGUUCUGAUCGAGAUGGAUUGUGUGGGAAUUUGUGGCUCGGAUGUGCACUACAUCUCGCACGGUGGAUUUGGCGAUUACCAACUGAAGGACAAGCUAGUGCUUGGCCACGAAUCGUCCGGCGUGGUGAUGGAAAUUGGACGACACGUAACGAAUUUGAAGGUUGGCGACCGUGUUGCCAUCGAACCAGCCAUUGGGUGCCGGACGUGCCGUCACUGUAAGGCCGGUCGGUACAAUCUCUGCCCGGAUGGUAUCUACUGUGCGACGACCGGCCACGGGAAUUUGUGCAACUAUUACACGCACGCGGCCGACUGCUGUUUUAAAUUGCCACCGAAUGUCACGAUGGAGGAGGGCGCACUACUGGAACCGCUGGCCGUGGCCGUACACUGCUGUCGACGGGGUGGAGUUGGAAUCGGUAAUACGGUGCUGGUUCUGGGCGCCGGACCGAUCGGGCUCGUUACGCUGCUAGUAGCAAAAGCGAUGGGAGCGGCCAAGGUGUGCGUCAUUGAUCUGUUGGAAAGCAAGCUCGAGCUGGCGAAAACUCUCGGCGCCGAUGCAACAUUGGCCGUCAGUGGACACGAUGCCCAGGAAGAUGUUGUCAAACGCAUUCAUCUUCUGCUCGGUACGGCCCCUGAUAUUAGCAUCGAAUGUACUGGGGCCGAAGCCUGCGUACAGCUGAGUAUUGCAGCUACCGUUCCGGGCGGUGUAGUGACGCUGGUCGGUAUCGGAGCCAUACAACAGCGCAUUCCGAUCACAACCGCUCUGGUACGUGAGAUCGACAUUAGAACGGCGUUUCGCUAUGCAAACUGCUACCCAGCAGCACUGGCAAUGGUGGCCAACGGUACGAUCGAUGCACUCAAACUCAUCACGCAUCAUUACGAUCUGGCGGAAUCGGAACAAGCGUUCAAGACCGCACGGUACGGUCUGGACGGUGCGAUAAAGGUAAUGAUCCACUGUCAGCCAAGAAACAAAAACAAUCCCAAGCGAAAGGUGUAA